AUGGUCAACUCCUGUUGUGGCUCCAUCUGCUCUAAGCAGGUCUGUGGCCAAGGCUGCUGCCAGCCCAGCUGCUGCCAGACCACCUGCUGCAGGACCACCUGCUGCCAACCCAGCUGCUGUGUGUCCAGCAGCUGCAGGCCCUGCUGCCAGUCUGUGUGGUGCUGCCAGCCCUUCUGCUGCCGCCCUAGCUGCUGUACCUCCUCCUGCUGUCGCCCAAUCUGCUGCCAGACCACCUGCUGCAGGAUCGCCUGCUGCCGCCCCAGCUGCUGUGUGUUCAGCUGCUGCGACCUCUGCUACCAGUCUGUUUGCUGCCAUCACUGCUGCCGCCCCACCUGCUGCAGUGGUUCUUGCUGCAGGAAAAAUUGCUGUUGUGGCUCCGUCUGCUCUGAGCAGGGCUGUGGCCAAGGCUGCUGCCAGCCCAGCUGCUGCCAGCCCACCUGCUGCAGGACCACCUGCUGCCGCCCCAGCUGCUGUGUGUCCAGCUGCUGCAGGCCCUGCUGCCAGUCUGUGUGCUGCCAGCCCUGCUGCCGCCCCAGCUGCUGCAUUUCUAGCUGCUGCAGGCCUUGCUGUUGCCAGCCCAGCUGCAGCCGCCCCAGCUGUUGUGUGUCCAGCUGCUGCCGGCCUUGCUGUCGCCCCAUCUGCUACCAGACCACCUGCUGCAGGACCAACUGCUGCCGCCCCAGCUGCUGUGUGUCCAGCUGCUGCCGCCCCUGCUACCAGUCUGUGUGCUGCCAGCCCUGCUGUCGCCGCCCCUGCUGCAGUGGUUCUUGCUGCUGA